GGAAUUAGUUUUAGGGACAUUGUUAUCUGGUUGAUAAAUUUAAGAGGAUUACAUAAGAAAAUUGGAGGGAAAACUACACAUGCUAACAUUUGAAUUUUAUCUCCAUUUUCAAGAAACUUCAGAGGAUUUUAUUUUUAAAUUAAAGUGUUUUAAUUGAAUUUUGAUUUUAAAAAAAUGCCUCCUUUAGGAAGUGAUGGAAAGGCAGAUACUUUAGGGACAAAUAUUGGAGAUUUAUUUAAAGGUUCAGCUAAACCAAAGAUGGCUGGAAAGGGCAAGAAGAGAAGCAGAGAAUCAGAAGAUAACCAAACAAAGAAAAGACAGAGAGUUCACCAUCCAUGUCAUGGUAGUGUAGGAGGCGUGGUUCUGGUAUGCGGUGAGGGAGAUGUGGGACAGCUGGGUUUGGGAGUGGAUGUUAUUGGGAGGAAACGCCCAGCACUUGUCACUAUAGAAGAUCCUGUUAUUCAAGUAUGUGGCGGAGGAAUGCAUACUGUUUGUCUGACCGAGAAAGGGGAGGUGUAUACAUUUGGAUGUAAUGAUGAGGGAACACUAGGUAGAGAUACAUCAGAGGAAGGUAGUGAGACAGUACCUGGUAAAGUAGAUGGUUUGCCAAAGAUUGUAUAUGUGUGUGCGGGAGACAGCCAUACAGCCGCACUGUCGGAGGAUGGUCGUGUGUUUGCAUGGGGCAACUUCAGGGAUGCUAGUGGCUCGAUGGGAUUCACAACAAAUGGUAUACAGAACACACCAAUGCAUUUGUUGGAAGGGGAGACAAUUGUGAAAAUAACAUCAGGAGGAGAUCAUCUAGUCUGUUUGUCUGAUGUUGGUGAAAUAUUUACAUGUGGAUGUGCAGAACAAGGACAGCUAGGUAGAGUAGCUGAAUGUUUUUCACAAAGAGGAGGCAGAAAAGGAUUAGCAUCUAUUUUAACACCUGAAAUUGUGAGAUUUAGGAAAAAGAAAUCUGUAUUUUGUGAUAUCUGGGCUGGUCAAUAUAUCACAUUUGCCAAAGAGAAGAAUACAGGUGAAAUAUAUAGCUGGGGCUUGAACAAUUAUUUCCAAUUAGGUUUUAGUGAAAUGACUAACAGAUUUGUGCCAGAGAAAGUGAAAUCAUUUGACAAGAAGAAUUGGACAUGUUUAGAAGGUGGUCAACAUCACACUAUAGCUUUAGAUGACAAAGGAAACGUGUAUUCUCUGGGCAGGGCGGACUAUGGUCGUCUAGGGCUUGGUGAGCAUAGUGGCGAGGUUAAGGAACCGACGUUAGUUAAGUUGGAGAAAAAAUGUACCAGUAUAUCUGCAGGCCAGUCUGUGUCAUUUGCUCUCCUCGAAGAUGGUACUGUUGCAUCAUGGGGUAUGGGUACCAGCAGUCAGCUAGGUAAUGGUGAAGAAGAUGAUUCCUGGGUACCAAGCAAGAUGGAUGGGAAACAACUUCAAGAAAGGAAAGUUAUACAGGUAUCUGCAGGUGGUCAGCAUACAGUGUUACUAGCAGUGGACAAAUGAUAAUGGUAGUGGAUUUUAGCGUGUACAUAAUCUGUUUUUAUCUCAAGUGCAGCUACAAUCUUCCAUACAUUAUACAAGGAACUAUCACCCCGGAAAUUUCAUCAAAGUCCAUAUAAAGUUUUGUGUAAUGAACU